UUAAGUAUGUACCAUAAAUUCAACAGGUGUCUCCUGAUAGGCAGCAGCGGUGGCCGCAGUAGUAGACUCUUCGGUCUCCUGAUCAGUCGCCGUGCGCUGUGCGGACGGUUUCUGACUGUCGAACGCGGAGGUACCACCCGGCGGAUCUCGUAGGCGGAGCCAGAAUGUGUGCAUGUUGCAUGCACACGUGUUCCCUCGCCAGAGUCCGUGUG